GCAUUUAACCACUGCGCCACCUUGACAACGUCAACUGGCUGGAGCUCCGGGCCGCAAGACUCGCCCUGCGCCACUUCCUCGACCAGGUCAGAGGCCGCGAUGUACUGAUUCUGACGGACAACAUCGCCGCCAAAGCCUACAUCAACCACCAGGGCGGCACGCGGUCUCUGGUGCUGAUGUUGGAAGCAGAGACUCUGGGUCGCUGGGUGGAGAGUCAUCUGGCGUCAAUACGAGCAGACCACAUCUCCGGCGUGGACAACGUGACAGCGGACUGGCUCAGCAGAACAACCAUCCAGAACUCGGAAUGGCAUCUGCACCCGAGACUGUUUUACCAGCUGUCUCAGAAGUUCGGCCACCCGGUUGUCGACCUGUUUGCCUCGCCGGCCAACGCCCAGCUUCCAAGGUACUUCACCCGGUUCCAUUGCCCAAGGGCGGAGGGCACAGACGCUUUAAGAUCCCGCUGGCCCCCGGGUCGGCUGUACGCCUUCCCUCCACUCCCUCUGAUACCAUAUGUCAUUCGGAAGAUUCUGGAGGAAGCUGCGGAGGUGCUCCUAGUCGCUCCUCACUGGCCGAGGAGGACUUGGUUUGCUGACCUGGUCAGUCUGUCGGUGUCCCGGCCGUGGCGCAUACCUCAGGAGCAAAUCUCCCUCAGCCAGGGGGUCGUCCAACAUCCGGAGCCCCAGUGGCUGCAGUUGGCCGUCUGGCACUUGAGGGGGACCUCCUGAGGCUUCAUUGCUUCUCCAACAGAAUCAUUCAGACGAUCCAGGCCUCCAGACGACCGUCCACCGUCAGAAUCUACGAGGCUACGUGGACGGCCUUCUCCAGUUGGUGCCUCAACCAUCACCUUGUGGCAUCCUCCGCGACCAUUCCGCAAAUCCUGGAAUUUCUUCAGGACGGUUUGGAGAAAGGGCUGGCACCAAACACUCUCCGUAGACAGGUGGCCGCCCUGAGCACCAUCCUGUCUUCUGACUCUCAGCUACCGAUUUCACGACAUCCUCAGGUAAAGGGGCUCCUGAAGGGGGCGCCCAACCUUUGCCCGCUCACUAUUCACAGGUACCCUACCUGGGACUUGACUGUUGUUCUGCAGGCAUUGACCGCAUCUCCCUUUGGACCGUUGCGGACGGUGGGCCUACGCCACCUUACGCUAAAGACCGCCUUCCUCAUCGCCAUCACCUCCGCCCGCAGAAUUUCGGAGUUGGCCGCCUUGUCUGUCAGAGGCGACCUUUGCAUUUUCCACUCCAACAGAGUCAUAUUGAGACUGGACCCUGCCUUUGUCCCGAAGAUUAACACCAUCUUCCACAGAGCGCAGGAAGUGAUACUCCCUGACUUUUGCCCUCGUCCCAAGCACCAGAGGGAAGUCACUUGGCACAAAUUGGACGUACGGAGGGCGGUGCGUAUUUACAUCAAGCGAACGGCUCCUUUCCGUAAAUCGGAGGCCUUAUUUGUGUCAUUCCAGCCGGCCUCCAUGGAGAAGAAAGUCACGUCGUCUACCAUCGGACGCUGGCUCAGAGCGUGCAUCAAGUUGUCUUACAAGAUUCAGGCCAGACCGGUUCCCUCGCGCAUAACAGCACACUCUACAAGGAGCGCUGCGACUUCGGCCGCCUGGGCUAUGCAAGUGCCAAUUGAAGAAAUCUGCCGUGCGGCGACGUGGUCUGGUCCGUCUCCAUUUAUUCGCAACUAUAGACUGGACACUUUCGCCUCCGCUGAGGCGUCCUUUGGGAGGAGAGUUCUACAGAGGGUCGUGGCAAGCACCGCGGCCCCGGACAUUUCUUCUUCCCUCCCAACUUCGACAUAGCUUUGGCAUGUCCCGAGCUUGGACACUCCAAGCAGCGCCUAGGAGAAAGACCAUUGGCUUACCUGAAUGGUCGUUCUCGAGGCGCUGCGGAGUGUCCAAACCCACCCUUAAGGUGGGGCCGCGAGGUGUGUUCUUAGCACCUUCGUGUCUUGGACUUGGACUUGGACUAGUUCAGUCAUGGACUAUUGAUCUCCUUCAUUUUUUUAAACUGAGCCUCUGGAGCAACCAGGAGGCGGAGCGACAACAAAGUUUCAAACUCAGUUCCUUGGGCAGCAAGCUGAAGUUAACCUGAGCUUGGACACUCCACAGCGCCUCGAGAACGACCAUUCAGGUUCACUUGUAAUGGAAACUCUUCUUUCCAGAGUCUUGCUGACCAGAACAUGGACAUCAUGUAUGAUUAUGAGAUCCUGCCUACCCGGAAGCCUAAAUUCCUGGCCCAAACAGCAGCACAUGUAUCUGGGGCUGCAUACCUCUAUCAGAGAAAAGAUGUACAUCAAGAUUCCUGGGGAGAAAAGAAGAUCUAUGGUGUUUGUAUUCACCCCUCUUAUGGAGGUUGGUUUGCAAUCCGAGCUCUUCUGCUUUUCCCAGAUAUCAAGUGCCAGUGCUUUGGGACAAGAGGAAUCCCAAAAUGUCAGAGGGACUUGUACCCUCUGAAUGAGCCUGAACACAGAGGAAAAUAUUGUGUCAAAUAUUUUAGGAGACUUGGCAAGCAAAGUUGGAAACACAACUGUGAAAAAUAUGCCUACAGAAUUAUACAGUUAGAAUCAAAACAUUCUACAUUACUUUAUGCCAGAACUUGGAAGAAGAACACUAUUGUUUGUCUGAAUUCCUUAAAAGAAUUUACGUUACUAAUCUACAGUACCAGAAGUGAAUUACAGAUUUUUUUUCUUUCCUACUUCUACAACAGCUGUGAGAUACCCUGUAAAAAUUGGAGAAUUGCCAAUGGGACUUCAUUGGAGAUAUUUCCUUAUAGGCAGCAGCUGAGAUUGAAAAAAUGGACAAAUAGAAAUACAGAUUACUUUUCUGUUAGAUUCUGUUAGAUUUUGUUAGUGGUUGGGCACCAGGUUUGAAGGAAGGUAUAGUCCAUUUCCCCUUAGUUCAUUUAUAUAAUGAAGUUCAGACAGUAGACUAAAAACCAAAACAGAAGAGAAAUCUGGAAGACAUCUAUUGGUUCAUUUAGACAUAGUAGCUGUCUUGUCAAUUAAUCCAUACAUAAAGGAGUCUUAUAAUAAUAAAUAUAUUGCAGUGAAAGUUCUUUUAACCCAUCUCACCUCUAGUCAAUUCUUCUAGAUGUCCUGUGACUUGGCUGAAAAAUUCUGAAUUUAAUUCCCAUGCGUCUGAAAAAUAAGAUUGCUUUAAUGCAAUUCUUCCUAAAUUUUUCCUUUGUUACCCAAAACCACGUAUCUGAAAGUCCUUAUUUAAAUGUCCCUGUUGUGAUUGGGUAACGGAAUGUCUCUUGUUACUCCCCCAAAAACAUUGCUUUUACCCAGUUUUGGCUAAUUUACUCAGGUUUGGGAAAUACAGCUUUAAUGUGAAUAAAUGAAGAAUGUACCUUUUGUCAUGAAUCCUUUCACCACUCAGAAUUCCAAAGAAAGCCAACAUAAUUUAUCUCGUUACAGGUUACUCUUUGAGCAAGUUUGGGGAUUAGAGGAUAUAUAGAGUUCAUUGCAAAGGAGAUAGCAUGAGUGAGAACAUUUUGGCCUCUGGGCAACUGUUUUAAUAGAGACAUGAAUUUGAAGUGCAUAUUUGUGUAAUCUGAACUAAAUAAAACCUGGGUAAAUUUGA